AUGGAAAAUUUAAAACAUGCCCAAGUACAUAUUGCAACUACUAAUGGAGUCACGAAGAAGUGCGUGAAGUGCUCAGACGAAAGUGUUCAACGCAGUGGUACUAUGAUGGAAUAUUGUGGAGGCUGCUUUUUAAUAAUGAUAAAAUCGAAAUUCAGAAGUGCAGUGACGAAGGAAAGAGUAUUCAAGGGCAGAGAUAGAAGAGUGAUGGUUUUGCUCGAUGGAUCGAAAAAAGCUGCUUUUUUAUUCCGUCAAGUCGAGGAGACAGUGAAGCAAGAUAGUUUUAAACCCCUUAUGAUGGAGCCCUGUUCCAAGUGA